AUGGCCCUAAAAACCCUUGAACCUGAAACCUCGAACGCCCUUGGAACUCUGAACCCUCUGAAGAUUAAUGGCCUUAAAACCCUCGAACCUGAAACCUCGAACGCCCUUGGCACUCUGAACCCUCUGAAGCUCAUGGCCAACCUCCCCUCCUGGAGCCUCGGCUCCGCGGCCCCGGGCUCCGGCGCAGCCCUGGGCAUGGGCCAAGACCGCGGCGGCUUCUCUCCCACCGCAUUCUCGGCGCCGGGCUCUUCGGGCCCCGGCCACCUCGAGUCCAUCGGCCGUCGCUGGGAGCUGCAUCCCGAGGAGCAUCGGAGCUUGCCCCCAGUGGGCUCCGGCCCGCCCCCCGCGCCGGCGGUGGCCCCCACGCCGGUGGCACUGACGCCGCCAAGCACGGCGGGUCUGCAGAGUUCUCCCCCGAGCUCCUUCUCGUCCCAAGCUUCCGCGGCCCCGCUCCUGGCAGCCCAGGGGCCGGGUAUGUACACCCGCAUCUCCGUGCCAAAGCUCAUGGACGAUGGCAGGUUAGGGCUGAUCAUCCAAAACUGCUGGGUCUCCUCCAUCAGCAAUCCCAUCGCCGCGCAGUGGGGUUGGCAGGUGGGUGACCACAUCCUGCAAGUGAACGGCCACGCCGUGUCGAACAUGCAACAGCUCUCCGACGAGAUCAGGCGGGCCGUGAACUCCCACCAGACCGUCGCCCACCCACUCGUCUUCGACGUCUGGCGCCCGGCGAGCCUCAGCGCGGCCGCGGGCGCGGCCCCCGGCGGCGCCCCGAGGCGUCAGAACUUCGAUUGCUGCUCCGCUGUCGAUUGCUGUGGCGACCCUGACCCCGCGCCAGCACUGCCGCCGGCGGCCGGAGGCUACGCACAGGUCCCACAGACUACUCAGUUCUCGGCGGCACCCAGUGUGCAGGGCGCCUUCCCUCCGCCCGCGGGGCGCACGCCCGGCGCCCAGCGCCGACGGGCGCUGUGCUGA